AUGAAGGGUACAGUCUCGAUCUGCUGUCUCCUCUCCCUGCUGCUUUUGCAGGCCACAGCAGAAGAAGAAGAUGUUGCCUCUGUUCUCAGAGACAAAUCUCACAUCGACGAGACUUUGCGGCUUUCAACUGAGGACAAGGCAGGAGACUAUGCAGCGGCUCUGGAGAAGUUGCGGAAGAUCUACCACACGGCCAUCAAGCCGAUGGAGCAGGCCUACAAGUACAACGAGCUGAGGCAGCACGAGGUCUCAGCCUACCCCGGACGAACCCUGAGUGUAUCAGCCACAGAUGGAGAGAUUACCUCCAAACCCUUGGUGCUCUUCCUGGGACCCUGGAGCGUAGGAAAGUCCUCUAUGAUUAAUUACCUCCUGGGCUUGAACGACAGCCCCUAUCAGCUCUACACAGGAGCCGAGCCUACUACCUCUGAGUUCACUGUUAUCAUGCACGGGGAGAAGAUCCGCUCCGUUGAGGGUAUUGUGAUGGCAGCCGACAGCUCUCGCUCUUUCUCGCCCCUGGAGAAAUUUGGCCAAAACUUCCUGGAAAAGCUGAUCGGCAUUGAGAUGCCCCACAAGCUGCUGGAGCGCGUGACCUUUGUGGACACGCCGGGAAUCAUUGAGAACCGCAAGCAGCAGGAGAGAGGCUAUCCCUUCAACGAUGUUUGCCAGUGGUUCAUUGACCGCGCUGACCUGAUCUUCGUGGUGUUUGACCCCACCAAGCUGGACGUGGGCCUGGAGCUGGAGAUGCUCUUCCGUCAGUUGAAGGGUCGCGAGUCCCAGAUCCGCAUCAUCCUAAACAAGGCUGACAACCUGGCCACCCAGGACUUAAUGAGAGUCUACGGAGCACUCUUUUGGAGCUUGGCUCCCCUCAUCAAUGUGACCGAGCCCCCCCGUGUCUACGUCAGCUCCUUUUGGCCGUAUGACUACGCAGCUGACACCAGUCGCGAGCUCUUCAAGCGAGAGGAAAUCUCCCUUCUGGAAGACUUGAACCAGGUGAUUGAAAACCGCAUGGAGAACAAGAUUGCCUUCAUCCGCCAGCAUGGCAUCCGUGUGCGCAUCCACGCCCUGCUGGUGGACCGCUAUGUCCAGACCUUCAAGGAGAAGAUGAGCUACUUCAGCGACCCCGAACUCGUGUUCAAGGAGAUUGUGGACGACCCGGACAAGUUCUACAUCUUCAAAUCCAUUCUGGCCAAGACCAACAUCAGCAAGUUCGACCUGCCCAACCGCGACGCUUACCGUGACUUCUUUGGCGUCAACCCAGUCGCCAACUUCAAACCCUUGUCGGCUCAGUGCUCGUACAUAGGAGGCUGCCUGCUGGACAAGAUUGAGAAGGCCAUCACCAAUGAGCUGCCCGCUCUCCUGAGCAGCAUUAACUCUGGCAAACAGCCCGGCCUGUCCACCUGCGAGACAACCGGCUGUGGCGAGAAGCCAAAGAACCGCUACCGGAAGACCACAAAAUAA